AGAACAAAACCAAAACAACCAAGUGCCAAGACGAGACGAAACAAGGAACCGAGACAAGAAGAGACAAAACAAAAUGUGGUGGUUCGCAGAAAGAUAUACAGUGCUUUUCUUAUCAACCAUUCUUUGCAGUUCUUUGGUGUGGGGUGUACAGAAUUUCACCAGAGCACAUGACUGCCCUUCAAUUUUGGAAGGAAUCCCAGAUCAAAAGCUCAUAACAGGGAAACUAUUUGUCUACAAGAUUCCAGAGACCGUCUUGAAGUGCAAGAAGAACUGUUUAAUCGAUGUAACCGCAGCAUCUCAAAAUCAAACGCUGCCACAGUGGAUUACCUUUGAAGAAACCACACGGAAGUUGAUAGCCGUACCAACGAUGCAUGAUGGAUUUGGUUUGUAUAUUAAAAUAACUUUAUCAGACCAAGCGAAGAAGUGUGAGUUCAUUUCUGAUAUUUUUUACCUUGAGGUAAAGCCAUAUUAUAUGAGCCAUGAACACAGUAGUAAGAAGAAACCAGAGAAAACCUGUUACAAAGGUAUUAAUCUUAUUCAGACAACUCUAAUCUUCGCUGUUAAUUUGUAUAAGUUGGAUGCCUUGGCCAGGUAUAAUAUUAUGAGAAACCUUGCCGAUUUCCUUGAUAUCAAUGAGACAUUGAUAACAAUUACGGCAAGCAAAGAACUCUUUUCAAUGCAAGACAAAUCACAAAGUUUCAGCAUCUUGGCAUCUGGACGUGGCAACACCGAUGCGGUGCUUCCAAAUGUGACAGAAUUAACAUGGAGGGUACCAUGUGGCGUGUUUAAAGAGGUGAGUCUUUUCAUGCAAGUGUUGCAACACAAUGUUGAAGGUGGGCGUCUGACUAGGGAGGUUGGUUACGAUGUCGUAGGAUGGUAUAUAUCGGCAUUGGUAAACCCUUCCAAACAACAUCGGUCACGUAAAAAACGUGCAAUACCCAAAAACUCGACGCCAACGCCAACUCCUCAAAUAGAGGUGGUUCCUGCAACUAAGAUCGUCAAGUCUUCAUCGUCACUGUACUCUGCUUCGCUUAAAACUGAGUUACUGAAAAGCUUGCAGAAAUUAGAAUCGAAAGAGUAUGAGACUAAAAGAGAUCAUAUGACGGAUAAAAUUAUUCCAACCAAAGAAUCAAGUCUUGUAUUUGUGUCUUCAAGAGAAUCAGUAAUUGAAGUCGAACCAACAAAAAGUUUCACAGUGCCGGCCCAUUCAGAAAGUCUGUUUGAGAAAUCGAAAACUGUGUCUGCAGAUAAGUUGCAUCCGACAUCCUCAUUCACAUAUUCGGAAUACACACCCAAAAAAACUAGCCAGCCAGAUAGAUAUACCACCAUGGUAAAGUGGCAUGAAAGCAGCAAGUAUCACACAGGUAUCUAUGAAAUCUCUGGAUCAGGAGACGUGUCUCGUUUCAGUGAAUUUACCACAGAAGAACCUAUAACUCCACCAACCAAUUUGGGAAAAGACAUUACUAAACCGCCUAUGACUCCUUUAAUUGCAGCCACACCAACACUAGCUACAGACACUGAUGGAGAUGAAGAUUCUGGAACAGAUCUGGAAUAUUAUGGUUCUGGGUCUGGGUCUGGAUCUGGUGAGGAAGAUAUUGACGAAGAUGAAGAUAUUACAUCAGAAAUAACAUUGAAGCCAUCAGAGAGCAGCAUCAUUAGAGAAUCCACACCGGUUCUGAAGACAUUGUAUGUUGACCAGACGGACACGAACACGUUUUAUUUCGAAGAGAGUGAAAUUACGAUACGGAAUGUUCCACAAAGUACGACAUACGAAGAAACGGUAACGCCAAGCUCGAGCACUGUAUCUCCAGUCAUUUGGCCAAGCGGAAUGGUCCCCAUUGACUUAUUGACAUCAAUUGAAUUACCGCUUGUUACCAUGUCUUCAUCACGUGCUUCUGUAACACAUAAAGCGUCACAGAGUUCCAGAGAUUCUUCUUCUUCGAUACCAGUAAGACCAACACCAACACGUAUUUUGAGUGGUCAUUCUUAUAUAGAUUCACAAAUUGGUGGUCAUUCUUCUGUAUCUCUUCAGCCAUCGAGUAGCAAAAGUGGUCAUUCUGAAGUGGACUCACAAAUUGAUGGUCGAUCCCCCACCGUACAUGUGGAACCAUCACAGAGUAGAAGUGGUCACUCUUAUGUUGAUAUUAAGCCAGCUCAUAGCAGUAGUCAGUCGCAUAUAAUACAUCAACCAUCUCUUAAAGUCAAUGAUACAUCUAUUGGUCUUAAGCCAUCACAUAUCAGCAACCAUUCUUCUCUGUAUAGACAACCAUUCCCGACACUUGAUGGAUCCAGUUCUACAGUGUUUAAGCCAUUUAGCAGUGUUGAUCAGUCUUCUGUACACUUGAAAUUCCCAGUCAGCAGUGUAAUACAUUCUCAUAUCAGCCAAUCACAAUCAUAUAAAAUCAAUAUAUCAAGGAGUCGAAUUCCUUCUUCAUCUUCUUUUCAUGUCGAUUCUUCUCGAAGCAAACCUUACCAUCCGCCUACUGGACACAAAUCAUCCGAAAGGCACGAAUACUCGUCUGUACCUCUUAAACCAACUCAUAUACUAUAUGAACAUUCAUCUAUAAAGCUUAAACCAUCGCAUGUGAUUGAUUCUAUUACAACGCAUGACAACAUUCAUGUGACUAUUAACCCUUCACAUUCUGUUGAUCAGUCAUAUCAUAGAUCAGAGCAUCCCGUGAGCAUUAGACCAUCACUCAGCAUGAGUUAUUCAUCUUUACAUGUUAGACCAUCACACGGCAGAGUUGAAACGUCAUCAGAAAUUAAGCCAUUGACCAAAUCAAUUGAUCUUUUCUCGACAGGGGUUAAACAAUCACAUAGAAGAGUCGAUCGGACAUCAGAACAAAUUAGACCAACAUCAUCAUCAAGCAGCAGGGAUAGUUUCUACCCCAAACCAUCACAUACUCACACAUUUGAUCAUAUGUACACAGACCUCAGGCCGUCAUCACAUAGAAGUGAUUAUUCGACUUUAAUGCCUAGUUCGUCUGAAAGUCGUUUACCAAUUGCAAGCAGAGAUAUCAGCAGUCAUAAGCAGAACUUAACAUCGAUGCUUCACAGACUAUCAUCUCAACGGCAAGAAAUGAUCUCUUCUUCCUCUCACAUCCUGCUGCCAUCUCGCAGCAGUGAAAGGUACCGGCCUUCAUUCUCAUCAACGACUCACCAUGUAUUAAAAACUAAAGAUGUAGAUUCAGUCCUUGAAUCGACACGACUCUAUUCAACACCGGUCGUGUUUCCGACCAACCCUAACGUGCCGACAACAGCAGGAGUCAGAAAAAGCAAAGACUAUGACUCUACUACUGUUCUUGAACAACCCAAACAUUCUUCUACAAGCUGUGUUCCAGGGUAUGGAUGUAAGCCACGAGAAUCAGUGACGAGAACAUCUUCUCGGUUCCCAGUCGAGCAGACAAAAACUGUUGAUACAUAUACCACAACAGAAAGAACUGAUUCUAAUAAGUGGGUUUCAACAGAUGAUUAUUUCGUAACUAAACAGAUUCCAAAAUGGAAUACAGUGGAAUUUACUCCUGAAAUGACAACAGCAAGGGGCCGUAAAGUAACAAAGAAGAAGCAACGUAAACAAGGACAGGAUAAAAAACCGAAACACACAAAUAUGGCUCCAGAUGUCAUCAAUCCAAUCGGCAAAAUCUAUGCUUUUGCUGGGAAGAAUUUUGAAUUCCAAAUACCAGAAAAUACUUUCAAUGAUCUUGAAGAUGGAUCCACAAAGGAUUUAACUCUUGACAUUGCUUUCAGAUGGGAUUCAUACAAACCUCCGACUUAUUCUCAAUCCUGGGUACAAUUUGAUGAAGCUAAACAAAUCUUUUCUGGCCUACCACUGCCGAGGGAUGUGAAGGAUAGUCCUGUUGAGAUAACUAUAAAUGCUAUAGAUCAGGGUGGCAAAAUAGCACAGGAUAUAAUCUUGAUUUACAUAAAUUACACCGAUACCGAUUCAUUGCCGACGCAAGAAUUCAUUAUGAGAUUCGAUGUGAAUGGAAGACGGUUUCUAAAUGAUCGUAGAAAAUUCAAAAACCUGAUUAAAAAGCUGUCGUCAUAUUUCGGCGACAAGGAUUCAAACUAUAUCACUGUCUUGGAUACUCGACCGGGGUCACUGAUUGUAACAUGGACCAAUAAUAGUAUCCCUACUGAUCGCUGUGAUAAUGCGACCAUACAUGAAGUGAAACAGAAGGUUGUUGACUACAGGGGUUACAUCAACCCAAAAUUCAGCAAAUACAUGUCUCCCAAGUACAAGGUUACCAGUGUUGAGUUCCAAAUGAAAGGCGCAUGUCAAGAUGUAUCAGAACCGAGCGAAGCAGGUGGUAUGGUUGAUGUUGACCCAUGGGCGGAAGCUAUCAUUCCGACCGUUAUCGCCGUCGCCAUUGCUAUCUUCAUAGUCGUCAUCAUAUUGUUAAUAUGCAGUCGGAAGCAAAACAAAGAAAAAAGCAAACCGAAAGAACAGCGACAUUCCUUCGAGGACCAAGAUCCUGUAAUGUUUCACAGAGAACAAGCACAAAAGGACAAAGCGAUCCGAUCAAAACGAGCCGUGAUCCUUCCAGGAGAUGGUAAACCCAAAUCGAGUGGGCGUCGCAAAUUUUCACCACAGAUCGGAUUACCCUAUCAGCCGUCCACUUUUGAUGAACAGGAGUAUCCAUCAGACGAAGAUAUUUACGGAAAUGAAAGUGCGACUUACGGCAACACGUAUUCUCAACCACCACCACCUUACAGACUGCCUCCUCCUUAUCACGUUGACAAUGGCUCGUCAUAUGUUUGAGGGUGUUAAUUAACUAAAAACUGUUAAUUUUUAAAUUAAUUAAACACUUCCACAUCUUGCAUUUGAUGCAGAUGGCAAAAAAAACCCCAAACAUUUCACAUUAUCAUGAUCUAUAUUAUUAUCAUUGUUAUUAUUAUUAUUAUUAUUAUUAUUAUUAUUAUUAUUAUUUACGUUCUGGGUUCAAAUCCCACAGAGGCAAAUUUUGCGUUUCAUCCUUCUGGGGGUCGAUGGAAUAAAGUACCAGUCAUGUACUGGGAUGAUUUAUUUGACUGUUCCUUCCCCACAAAACUUUUGGCCUUGUGCCAAUGUAAGAAGGGAUUAUUAUUAUUAUUAUUAUUACUAUUGCUAUUAUUAUCAUUAUUAUUAUUAUUAUUAUUAUCAUUAUCAUUAUUAUUAUUAUCAUUAUUAUUGUCAUGGUUCCUGGCCUUACGCUAUAAUUUCAUACCAUUACUAUUAUUAUUAUCAUUAUUAUUAUUAUUAUAAUUAUUAUUAUUAUUAUUAUUAUUAUUAUUAUUAUUAUUGUUAUUGUUAUUAUUAUUAUUAUUAUUGUUAGUAUCAUUAUUGGUCUGGCAGAGUUUUCAGAUGAUCAGAAGUGCUUUGCAGUAUUUCUUCCAAAUCUUUACAUUCUGAGUUCAAACUCUACCAAGGACAAAUUUUGCCUUCUAUCUUUCUGGGGCGCCGAUAAAAUAAAGUAUCACUUGAGUACCAGAGCGGGGUGGUGCAAGGUGUUGAUGUAAUCACCUAACACACCCACCCUUCAAAAUUACUGGCCUCGUGCCAAGAUUAGAAUCUAUUAUUAUUAUUAUUAUUAUUAUUAUUAUUAUCUGCUUGUUGAAAAAGGAUGGGGGUUCAAUAAGAAACAACAACAACAACAACAAAUGGUACUAGUAAUACAAUGGGGAUUGGCUGAUUUGUUUGAUAAUAUUUUUGUGUUUCUAGCAAAAUCUGACCAAAUACCAUUUUAAGAAACCAUA